AUGGGACACCGGUGUCACCGCCAGCCCCCCGCGGCCAGCCCCGAGCGCGGCCGGGGGAAGGCAGGGCACGGCGCGGCGCUGACCGCGGCCCCGCUCCUCCUCCUCGUCCUCCUCGCUUCCUCGAUUUCUGCUGGCCAAGGUGCACCAAUGCCAUCCCAAGCACUUGUAUCAGAUGAGGAUUUUCAGCUGUUGAAAGAGAUAGAUGAUGCAUGUUCUGCUUACCUGUCCACAGAUUCUCAGCCUCAGGUGUCCAGUACAUUGGAAGAACUUUGUUUUUUGGUCAUGGGAUUUCUCCAGAAAGCACAGGGUUUAGAUGAGAAAGACAACACCAAAAGGUUCUUAUUUCAUUAUUCUAAGACUCAUGACUCGGGCAACUCAGACAUCAUGUCGUCUGUCCUGCAUCCUUUACUGCAACUCGUUCCUCAGCUUAAUGAGAGAAGACUGAAGAGAUACAAACUGGACGUAUGUAAACCUAAACUCUGUAUGCUCUCACACCUUGUGAUUCAUUAGCUUUUCUAAAAGUGCCCUUGUAGACCUUUCUGCUUUUAUAUUUUGGUUGGA